AUAGCGUGUAUAUAAAUAAAACCCUAAAACUCCAUUUUUGUGAAUUUUGGGAUUAAGCCGAAUUCUGCUUCCGCCGCUGCAUCCGCCGCUGCCUUGAAGAUGGUGAAGGGACGCCAAGGAGAACGUGUCAGGCUCUAUGUGAGGGGUACAAUCCUUGGAUACAAAAGAUCCAAAUCAAACCAGUACCCAAACACAUCAUUAGUCCAAAUUGAAGGAGUGAACACCAAGGAAGAGGUAGCUUGGUAUGCCGGCAAGAGAUUGGCAUAUAUCUACAAGGCCAAGGUGAAGAAGAAUGGAACCCAUUACCGCUGCUUAUGGGGCAAGGUUACAAGGCCUCAUGGUAACAGUGGUGUUGUUCGUGCUAAGUUCACGUCAAAUCUUCCUCCCAAAUCAAUGGGAUCUCGCGUAAGAGUAUUUAUGUACCCAAGUAACAUAUGAGAUUCUGGUGAUAACCUUGGUAGAAUUGUCGGAUGAUUUUAAGUCUCGAGGAUCUUUGUUUCAUUUUACCUUUUGAGAAUUUUGUUUUUGGCAUAGAUUGUUAUGUUGGAAUAGUGUCCUCUGUAUUGGCUUUUGUUUAUGAAAUAUUCAGCACUCUGUGGAAUUGGUUAUCUCUUAUGAUUACAAUGUUUUUUCUUAUGAC